CGGUAGAAUGGAUGGAUGGAUGGACGGAUGUAAUGAUUUGAAUUUCCGGGUAUGGCUUCCGGGUCAUCAUCAGAAUCUAAUCGCUAGGAGGCGAUAUGCAUCUGCGUGCGCAUCUACUGUGUCACUCAUCAGACGAAGAAGAAAUGAGAGCCAAUCACAAUCUAAGAUGCUUUGCUACUUCCGGUUUCCAGACCUUGGCGUUGCUCGUUGAAGGUGUCGUCCACCGAAUUGUAUUUAUUCAUAAUAAUGAACAUUUUUACACGCAUAAACGCACUAUUAUGUCAAAGUAGAGUAUUACUAGAACACACUAGUGUCUUAACCAGAGUAUGUUCUGGCCAUAAAGUUCUUACCCGACAUGUUAGUACUAAUUUAGCCUCACGUCCGCUAAUACAUCGCACAUCUGUUUGUCAUAUUUUGAGCAAAAGAUGUUUUUCGGACGUCGACGUCGGGAGAAGCAACUCGACGACGAGCACUGACGUUAUCCCAGAUGAAUCACGGAAGCCGGAUAGCGACUUUAAUGACAACCGUCACCUGAGCCAAAGAUUCACUGCUGGGAUGUCUUUGGUUGUCCUUCUGUGCCUGCUGGCUUGUGUUCACUCGGGCAUUCAAGCAUAUCCACGCAAGCCUGUCAGCCCCAAAGAAGGAGCACCACCUGAGGAGCUUGCUAAAUACUACAGUGCACUCAGACACUACAUCAACCUCAUCACAAGGCAGAGGUACGGGAAAAGAGACAGUCCAGACACACUGUUUUCUGAUUUUUUUGUAAAGGAGAGCACAGAGAGUAUCCCUGGAUCCAAUUAUGGCAGGUAUGAUGAAUUGCCCAUCUGGUGAUGAUGAUGAUGAUGAUGAUGAUGAUGAUGAUGAUGAUGAUGAUGAUGCUGAUGCUGGAGUUGCCUUAACUUUUAAUUUGUGGCUAAUAAAUGGACCUAUGUUGCAUGUGAUAUAUACUGUAUGUUGUGUUAUUUAGGUACAAAAUAUUGUAUAUGUCUAUCAACGUCUUCUGCUUAUGUGGUGUUCCUUACUAAACAGUGCUCUCUAGCGGUGAACACCGGUACAAACUUAUUUUGGUAUCGUGUGACUUGUGAUGAUUGGGACAAGAGAAAAUAUUACCUAUAUUUUGAGGAAGAAUAAGUGCGUUUAUUUUAUAUUGCUAUUAUUUUCUAAAAAUCUGUGAAUAUGUUUAAUAACUGUCUCUGUGUACUUUUUUAUUGUCAUUUUUAGUGUCUUUGUCAAGGAGGUUCCUGUUUAAAUAAAAGUG